AACUCUGACGUCAGAGCGGAGCCGGCUUGAGCGGCUGAGAAAGGCAGGAGGAGGUGUCGGCGGCGGGAAGAUGUAAGUGGGGCGGAAUCCGACCGCAUCCGAGCUUUAGGGGUUGCCAGUCAGGCCCGGCAGGAAGCAUCGUGAAGCUGGUCCACUCCCCAGCCCCGCAGUGCGGCGGCAGCAUGGCGGCGCGGUGCGGACUCUAAAAAGAAAGAGUGUAGCCCGGGGUGGGCGGGGUGGGAGGUGUCGUGGCCGUGGCCCGGAAGUGGUCGGGGCCGCGGCGGACGGAAGGGCGCCUCUGCUUCGUCCGUUCGGCGGCGGCCCAGCCAGGCCCGUGGGACUCUGAGCAGCGGGGAGCGCGGCUUCCGCCCUUGGGGCCCUCCUGCCGUGCCGGAGACCCAGGCCCCCAACGCCAGGCCCUGCCCUAGAAGCGCUCGCGGCCCGGCGCCUGGACAAGGGAGUUGUGAGUGAACGCGGACGGGGAGCGGCGAGGUCGGCGUGUCGGGCCGGUGCCGGCGGGCGCGGAGUUUCUUUGUGGGAUACAGUGGAAGGCUGGCCGAUCCCCCCAUCGGAGGCAUUGAUUCAAACAUGCACUCCGCGAACGUUUCCCGGGCUCCCGUGUGCAGUUCUCGGCGCUAGGCCUGGGGGAUGUGGCCCGCUAUGGACCGAGCACGGUGGCCUGGCCCCGUUUGAUGGGUUAACCCCGGAGGGGUGGAUACGGGAAGGUUAAGGUUGCUGGAGGAGAAACGUGGAGUAGGCUUUUUGUCUUGAUUUCGCAUGAACUGUGCCUGAAAUGUACUUUUAAAUGGGGAAGGCGCUCUGAAGAUUUGUGCCGAAACGCCCUCUCCUCGAGAUUUAACUAACUGUUCUCUCCUCUCUCUGGCUGUUGGACGCGCACCUUUCCGGAGGAUGGGGGAGGUAACCGAGGUCCUGAGCCGGUACCUGAACUUGUGUGAACAGAGAACCUCAACCUUUGCUUUCUAGCAUUCGACCGCACCCAGCAAAGCGUCCGCUUUCUCAGUGGUUCUUAGAGUGCUUAAGAACGGUGCUCCUUGAUCUCACGAAGCGAAUCAAAGUAGCGGUGUUUGAUUUCACAGAGUACAUUUGGGCAGAUCUUUAGGACUAGGGGGUGGGGCUGGAAUAUGCGGGUGUGACCUGCACUCUAGAUCUGUGCUGUCCAGUGAGGUAGCCAUUGGCCCCACGUGGCUACUGAGCAUGUUGAAAUACAGCAGCUAAUCAAAACUGAGAUGUUAAAACACACCCCAAAUUUAGAAGACUUACUCUGAACAACAACAAAAAAAGAAACCUUUAGAUUUUUAUGUUGAUUAUUUGAUGGAAAAGUAUUUUGGAUUUGUGUCAAAUGUUAAUUAAUUUCACCCAUUUUUGUGACGUGGCUACUAAGGAAUUUGAGAUUCUGCUUGUGGCUCCUCACACUAUUUCUGUUGGACAGUGCUGCUGCAGAUGAUCCUAAGGUGGGUGGGUGCGGGAGCCCUGCAGAGAGUUCAGAAAUUACGUGGGACUUUGGAGACAAGUGUCUGGGGGGGGGGAAGGAGCCUCUGGACGUGAAGAUAAAACCCUUGCUUCUCACAUGUAUUGAGCCUUUGAUUAAUGCCCUGCAUAACUGUAAGGUUGGAACUGUAGUUGUCUCCAUAUUGAUGAUGAGAAACUUGAAAAACGAUAAGUGACCUGUUCAAAAUUGCACAGUAAAACUUCAAAUCAAACCCAGGCCUCCUGGCUCCAGACUGGGAAUUAUACUCUGAUACUCACUGUUUGUCCAAGGACACCAGCCAUACCGGGCACUGCCUGCUGGGUGUCUGCAGAACAUCACUGUUCUGAGGCAAAACACUAUGCCCUGGACAAGAGCAGCAAAGGUGAUGUUCGGCCCUCCAUGACUCAUUUGACAGCUCAAAGCCAGGUGCUCUUCUUUCUUGGUCAGAACACGUUUUCAGCACUGGCAUUUCUGCAUGGGGAAACCAGAACCCCAUUAGUGUGCUGUGCCCUGCUUACGUACAGGCUGUUGGUUGGAGAAGGUGAGACAGAAGUAGCUGAGACUCACAUCCUGAGAGCUUUACUUAAAAACUCAUGCAGCUUGUGCAGACCUGGCUGGAAAUACUGAAGGCAGCAGUCCCUCUGAAAUAGAGCCCAUAGCUUAUUAGCAGUUUGUUUUGAGUAAUUUGUUACCAUUAUUUGAGCACACGCUGCAGUCCAGGCGUUUUGCUAAACUUAAACGUAGGUAGUCUUACGUGGUAGGUAGUCUCUCCCGAAACCUCAGUGCCUACUUUUUUUCUUCAACAUCUUAUUUUUGAAAAGUUUAAGCACAUAGGAAGGUUGAAUUAUACAGUUAAUGCCCACAAAAACCACUUGAGGGCUGGGAGCGGUGGCUUAUGCCUGUAAUUACAGCACUUUUGGGAGGCCAAGGUGGGCUGAUCACGAAGUUAGGAGUUUGAGACCAGGCUGGCCAGUAUGGUGAAACCCUGUCUCUACUAAAAACACAAAAAUUAGCCAGGCGUGGUGGCACACACCUUUAGUCCCAGCUACUCAGGAAGCUGAGGCAGAAGAAUCACCUACACCCAGGAGACAGAGGUUGCAGUGAGCUGAGAUCGUGCCAGUGUACUCCAGCCUGGUGACUCCGUCUCGAAAAAAACCCUUAAAAGCUGCUCUUUGGCGUAAAUUGCAAUCAAUUAGGGAUCGUUUCUCAGAAUCCAGUUAGAAGUGAGAGUUGAGAUAAGUGAGGCCGUCAUUGCUGCUUUGAACACCUCAGAAGGGGAGAAUGGAUUUAUCAGGAGUGAAAAAGAAGAGCUUGCUAGGAGUCAAAGAAAAUAAUAAAAAGUCCAGCACUAGGGCUCCUUCUCCUACCAAACGCAAAGACCGCUCAGAUGAGAAGUCCAAGGAUCGUUCAAAAGAUAAAGGGGCCACCAAGGAGUCGAGCGAGAAGGAUCGCGGCAGGGACAAAACCCGAAAGAGGCGCAGCGCUUCCAGUGGUAGCAGCAGCACCAGGUCUCGGUCCAGCUCGACCUCCAGCUCAGGCUCCAGCACCAGCACUGGCUCAAGCAGUGGCUCCAGCUCUUCCUCAGCAUCCAGCCGCUCAGGAAGCUCCAGCACCUCCCGAAGCUCCAGCUCCAGCAGCUCCUCUGGCUCUCCGAGUCCUUCUCGGCGCAGGCACGACAAUAGAAGGCGCUCCCGCUCCAAAUCCAAACCACCUAAAAGAGAUGAAAAGGAGAGGAAGAGGCGGAGCCCAUCCCCUAAGCCCACCAAAGUGCACAUUGGGAGACUCACCAGGAAUGUGACCAAGGAUCACAUCAUGGAGAUAUUUUCCACGUAUGGGAAAAUUAAAAUGAUUGACAUGCCAGUGGAAAGGAUGCAUCCCCAUCUGUCCAAAGGCUAUGCAUACGUUGAGUUUGAGAAUCCAGAUGAAGCUGAAAAGGCGCUGAAGCACAUGGACGGAGGACAAAUUGAUGGCCAGGAGAUCACUGCCACCGCUGUGCUGGCACCCUGGCCUAGACCACCCCCCAGGCGAUUCAGCCCUCCCAGGAGAAUGCUGCCGCCACCACCCAUGUGGCGCAGGUCUCCCCCACGGAUGAGGAGAAGAUCCCGCUCCCCAAGGCGCAGGUCCCCUGUGCGUCGGCGAUCACGCUCCCCAGGCCGCCGCCGCCACAGGAGCCGCUCCAGCUCCAACUCCUCCCGUUAAGCAUGCCACUGGAUCUCUCACCCCUGUAACUUAUACCCCACCCAGCUCAGUUUUGUCACUUUUCUAGCCAAAGGAAGAUCAGUAGGAAAGCAAACCCCCUCACUUGGGCAGGCAUUGCAGGCAGCAGGCAGCACCCCUCUGCCGACUGGGCUCUGGCUGCAGAAGUGCCGUUGGUGUGUGUUGUGCCUGCCAAGAUACCCGCCGAGUUUCUGGCUAGAAAGCUCACCCAUUUUCAGUUUCUGAGAGUCAGUUCAGUGACAGAGCCACCAGGGAUGAGUGAGGCUCUGGGGGAGUUGUGUGAUCUGCCUGCCUGGGAGCACACAUUUCCCACAGUGUCCUUUUGAAAAGGGAGCUGUCCUGGGCUUUAGCGCAGCUGCCAAGCCUGUUAGGCCUGGCCUCUCAAGGCCUCUUCUGACACAGGGUCACACAGCCCUGGAGAGCCUCUCACCCACGGUAGUCGCUGUGCAUGGUUCUCUCUGUCUGCACCCAUGCACACACCCCACCCCAUCGCCCUACUGUGAAACUGAUGAGUGAGUUGAGAGCCAGCUUUGCUGGGUCACCAUGCAGCCCCCGCUGUGCCUGCCCUUCAGGUUAUCUUGGCAACAUGUACAUUGCUUUUUUUUUUUUUUUUUUUUGCUUUUAUUGUACAGUCAGUACUAUAAAAUUUGUUUGAGUUUUAAAACUUUGUAGCAUUUUAGAUGACACUGUGUUUGUACUUUGUUGUGUAGAGCGGAAGAAUUGUGUUAAAUAAAUGCAGGAGUGGAAUGCAGGUCUA